GUCUAGUUGGAUGUACAGUUUGAAAUCCCCAGUUGCAGGGAGCUCCAACAACAAUAACAUUCCACAGGUUCGCCUAGUUGGUGAUCCUGUCCUACGACAGAAAGCUCAGCACGUCGAUCCGUUGGCAAUUUACACCGAAGAGUUUAAAAAGUUGCUUCAAAUGAUGAAAGGAACAAUGCGCGCGAAAAAAGUGGUUGGGAUCGCAGGGCCACAGAUCGAUGUGAGUUUGCAAGUCUUUAACAAGGAAUUCACCAAGGAAGACAUGAAUCUUUUGAAAAAGAUAGGUGCCACUCUGGACGACCUCCGUCAGAAGCAAAUGGACGUUUUAACUUUGAAGAUUUUUAUCAAUCUACAGAUUAAAAUAACUAACCCCAAAAUGGUUGUAUUUAGGGAAGGGUGUCUUAGCCUAGAGGGGUUCUCAGGUCUGGUGCCUGCCCUUAAGGUUGAAGUAACUGGGUUGGAUGAGAAUGGAGCUUCCAUAACAUGGCAAGCUUCUGGGAGGGCCGCUCGAAUUGUACAACAUGAAGUAGAUCAUCCACGUGGAAACAUUCUUAAAGAUUCAAUAACUUACAAAUCAUUUAUGAAUGUUAACUGGAAAGAUUACAUUGAUUAA